AUGGCUUCCAAGUGUUACGCCUUGGUGAAGUUAUGGGAGUCGCUCCAGGUGGAGCUGCAUGACCGAUACUCGGGUGAACGCGUGAUCAACUUGGAGAAAUACACUCGGGAGAAGAGCUGGCUCCGCGCCAUCGCUGUGCUCGUGGCUACUCCACUUCCCUGCCUAAUAGUGACGUUGUCUAUCGAUCUUCUACCUUUAUCAGACCCCUCAUUGGGUAUCAAGGCCAAUGGAUCCUUCAUUGUACGAGAAUACUACGCGUACCUGGGGAUGACGUUCCUCGCUCUAAGCCAGUUCCGAGCCGGGGUCCGAUGCCUCCCGUACCCCAUGACGCGAAUUUUCAGGGAUACAAUCCUAAUUUCCUGUCUAACUAUCGGCAUUUUCUAUGGCUUCGUCCACCUCAUUGGAUUUCCGCUGCCCUUCACGACGCUGACGAUUGUGCCGUCCUGGGCGUCGCUGACUGUCGUCUUCAUGGUUUUCCAAUGGGCGAAGAAGGCACGAGAGACGCCUGGAGCUGGCCGAAUGCUCUUCGGCAUGUUCAAAUUGUGGCUGUGCGACUUCGCGUUGGUCUUCACGUACCCGCCCUAUUUCCACAUCUUCACGACGUUAGGCAGCAAGGAGCAAAUGGUGUUCACUGUGCUGCUCCCGGUUAUCAAACUGCUGAUGCGGAAUUUAUUUUCGCGUGCGGUGAAUCAUCUCGGGGACGAAAUUCCGGAGCUUGUCGUGUUCAACGCCGACGUCUUCGGCUCGCUGUUCGUGUCGUACUGUAUGCAGAGCGCUCCAUCAGUCUGGACAACAGUCGAGGUGAUGGUGGCGGAUAUCGUGAUGAUGGGGCUGGCACUUCGCGAUAUUGAGCUCGAGUGGGUUUGGGAGAAUUGGAGAGUCAAAUUGAAGAUGAAAACUCAAAAGCCAACCACCACCGCGCAGUAA